CGGUCCCGCCCCGCCGGUCCCGCCCCGCCGGCUGUGACGGCACCGGCACCGGGAAGUGCUUCCGCCCGCGCGGGUCCGCGUCCCCUCGCCCCGGUGGGGCUGGGUAGCGCCGGGAGAUGUCRACCCCGCCGCUGGCUGGGGCCGGGAUGCCGCCGGGCGCUUUCUCCGGGACGCAGGCUCAGGCUGCCAGGGAGGUGAACACGGCUUCCCUCUGCCGCAUCGGCCAAGAGACCGUGCAGGACAUUGUGUUUCGAACCAUGGAAAUCUUCCAGUUACUGAGGAACAUGCAGUUGCCAAAUGGUGUUACUUAUCAUACUGCAACAUAUCAAGACAGACUGGGAAAGCUGCAGGAGCAUCUCCGUCAGYUAUCAAUACUCUUCAGAAAACUCAGACUAGUCUAUGACAAAUGCAAUGAAAACUGUGCUGGGCUUGAUCCUGUUCCCAUAGAACAACUUAUUCCAUAUGUUGAAGAAGAUGGCUCCAAGCAUGAUGAUCGUGGUGCUGCAAGUCAGCUUCGUUUUGCUACUGAAGAGAGAAGGGAAAUCAUGGAAGUAAAUAAGAAACUGAAACUGAAAAAUCAGCAGCUGAAGCAGAUCAUGGAUCAGUUACGAAAUCUUAUUUGGGACAUAAAUGCCAUGUUGGCUAUGAGGAACUGAACAAGGAAAAUCAAACUUUGUAACUGAAGAAGAUACCAACCUCUUUGAGUAUGCUUAACUUCCUUCUAAGAAGUAACAUGUUUUUCCACAAUUAUAUUGCAAUAAUGUUUGAAGUCUUCAAGAUUAAAAUGUUGGAUUGUUUUCUAAUAACUUA